AUGCUGCCUCUUCCUCCACUUGCGGAUGACAUUCUCGAGUUCAUCGGGAACACGCCCAUGAUCAAGUUGAACAAAAUCCCCCAGUCGUACGGCAUCAAGGCCAACGUGUACGCCAAGGUGGAAUUGUUCAACCUGGGUGGUUCCAUCAAGGACAGAAUCGCCAAAAACAUGAUUUUGGAGGCCGAAAAACAGGGCAGAAUUAAACCAGGCUACACUUUGAUCGAGCCAACCUCCGGUAACACCGGAAUUGGCUUGGCUCUUGUAGGUGCCGUGAGAGGCUACAGAACCAUCAUCACUUUGCCAGAGAAGAUGUCGAACGAGAAAGUAUCUGUGUUGAAGGCCUUGGGCGCUGAGAUCAUCAGAACCCCUACAGAGGCUGCUUGGGACUCACCUGAGUCUCACAUUGGUGUUGCUCAGAAGUUGGAGAGAGAGCUCCCUAAUGCAGUGAUUUUGGAUCAGUACGGUAACGAAGCUAACCCCAAGGCCCACUACUACGGCACCGGUUACGAGAUCUGGGAACAGACCGAAGGUAAGGUCACUCAUCUUGUUGCUGGAACGGGCACUGGUGGUACUAUCUCGGGUAUUUCCCAAUACUUGAAGGAGAAGAACCCUAAUGUGAAGAUCAUCGGUGCUGAUCCUAAGGGCUCCAUCUUGGCCCAGCCAGAGUCCCUCAACGACACGACGGAGGGCUACCUUGUUGAGGGUAUUGGUUACGAUUUCAUUCCUGACGUUUUGAACAGAACUCGUGUGGACCACUGGAUCAAGACUGACGAUGCUGAGUCCUUCAAGUUGGCCAGAAGAAUCAUCAGAGAAGAAGGUAUUCUUGUUGGCGGCUCCUCGGGUUCCGCUUUGCAGGCUGCUUUGGAAGUUGCCAAGGACUUGACCGAAAACGAUACCGUGGUUGUCGUUUUCCCCGACUCCAUCAGAUCGUACUUGUCUACGUUUGCUGACGACGAGUGGAUGAAGACUAAUGGCUUCGAGGUCGAAGAAACCAAUUCCGCAGCUAACAAGACUGACGACUUCUUGCACAACAAGACAAUUGCCGAUCUCGUCGCUGGUAAGCCACCAGUUGUCACCGUCACUUUGGCUGACACCGUCGGUAAGACGUUUGAGUUACUUAAAACCAACGGUUUUGACCAGUUGCCUGUAUUGAGCUCGAACGGUAAGUUGAUUGGGUUGAUCACCUUGUCCAAGAUCUUGAAGUCCUUGUCUACCAAAAAAGUUCAGAUGACCAACUCCAUCAGAGGCAUUUUCUUAGACUUCAGGAAAUUGGCAGACUUUGAAAAGUCGUUUAGCAUCAGCAAGGAGUCUGGCUUCACCAAGAGAUCCUACGAACCAAUCACGAUGUCUACUCCCUUGCACCUUUUGAACAAGUUCUUUGAAACCCACUCCAACGCCAUCAUCACCGACGACGAGUUGAAGCCCGUGCAGAUUGUCACCAAGGUCGACCUACUCUCCUUUUUGGCAAAGAAUGCCUCCUACUAA